AUGGCUGAACCGGCUGCGACUCUCCCCAAGGGCUCCCUCAUCCUCAUCACCGGCCUCACUGGCUACAUUGCUACACAUGUAGGACAGCAGUUCCUGAAGCGCGGAUACAAAGUGCGUGGAACGGUCCGCGAUCUUGCCAAGGCAGCUUGGCUCAAAGACGAUCUGUUCUCCGCAGAACAUGCGGCUGGCAACCUGGAGCUUGUCCAGGUCCCAGAUCUCGGAGCCCCCGAUGCCUUUAGCGCUGCCAUCAAAGGGGUUGACGCUGUCGCUCACAUCGCCACCGUCACCAACUUUGACCCCGACCCGAACCAGGUAGUCCCCCAAACAGUGUCUGGCGUGGUUUCGCUUUUGCGCGCCGCCGCCGCGGAGCCAUCCGUCAAACAGGUGGUUUUCACCUCUUCAGUCGGCGCAGCCAUUAUGCCCAUCCCCGGUGCGUCGGGGCAUGUCGGCCGCGAUACCUGGAACGACGCUGCCCUGCAGGCGGCGUGGGCUCCCCCGCCAUACGAAGCCAGCCGCGGCAUGAUCACCUACAUGGCGAGCAAGGUUGAGGCUGAGAAGGCUGCUUGGAAGUUCAUCAAAGACGAGAAGCCCAGCUUUGUGCUGAAUGUAGUGAGCCCAUUUACCACGCUUGGCGCUUUGCUUCACCCCAGCCAUCAGAGAGGCACAGCCGGCAUGGUGCCCGCAUUGUUCAAGGGCGACACAAGCCAAGUUAGCAUGAUGCCUUCAUUAAUCUACGUGAGUGUCAAAGAUGUUGCGGUUCUCCAUGUCGCUGCCAUCCUUGACAAGGAUAUCAAGGAGGAACGCAUCCAAGCAUGGGCCACUGCCUUCAACUGGAAUGAUGUGUUGGCUAUCUUGCGACGUCUCUAUCCGAACGAAAAGUUGGUCGAUGAUCUCCCGGAUUCGCCGGCAAUUACUGCAACCACUGAUGACAGUGUUGCGUUGAGACUGCUAAAGAAGUGGGCUCAACAGGAUGGCUGGAAGGGUUUGGAGGAGACGGUUCGCGAGAACAUGAGCAGUCUUGCAUAG